AUGAUUGCUCAAACUAGAGUCAGUUUACAAUGCCAUGUUGAGAUCCUAAUUGCUAAAACAGAUCAGAAACCUGACUGCUCCGCGCCGGGAAUUUCAAAAGGCUGUCGAUGUUUGGCCAACGACAUCUUCAGAGCAUUGCUUAAGUCUGGUGGGAACACCAGAUCAGCAAUGCUGAAUCCACUGACAGACCUGUAUUUAUGUACCCAUGCGCAGCUAUCCACCCCACCUCCCCAAAUCAUAGGUAGACGAAACUGUCGGAGAUUUAUCCACUGUACAAUACGUUCGCGGUCCUUACAGCCGAUAACGAUAAUUAUGAUGGGGGUUUGGCGAAUCUUUGGAUUGGGUGUGCGAAUUUUCUUCGAAAAUUCAUGUGUAACAGAUAUCUGCAGAAUGGAUAUAAUUGUAGCUGCACUUAUGGAUCCGAAAAAGGAUGGAGUCAUCCAACGACUACAAAGAAAAUGUAAUUUCACGCAUGAGAGCCAUCUCGCUCCAGCUAUACUUCGCCUUCGAAAUACGCUCAUUUGCAAAUCAGUUUGGGUUUUUGGGGAACUCACCUGGAACCCAGCUCAAUCCCUCGAUCGUGUUGUUUUUGAGAAGCUAAAUGUGCCGCACCAGGCCGCCUGA